AUGGACACUGCAAUUAAUCUGUCCGAUGCCUCCAAGGCAUUGGACCUGGCCAAUAUCCGCUUCCAGUUGAUCCGACUGGAAGACACCAUCACCUUCCACCUGAUCGAGCGAGUUCAGUUCCCACUCAAUAAGACCAUCUAUGUGCCCGGUGGCGUGAAGAUCCCCAACAGCGAUCUGAGCCUGAUGGAUUAUAUGCUCCGGGAGCAAGAACGAAUCCAGUCGCGUGUCCGCCGCUACCAAUCCCCUGAUGAAUACCCAUUCUUCCCCGACGUGCUCGAAGAGCCGAUUCUACAGCCACUUGAGUAUCCUGAAAUCCUGCACGACAACGACGUGAGCGUCAACAAUGUCAUCAAGGAGCGCUAUAUCAAGGAGAUUCUGCCGGCCGUGUGCCCCCAGUUUGGAGGCGAGGACCGUGGCGAGACACAGGAGAACUACGGCUCGGCCGCGACCUGCGAUGUCGCCUGUCUGCAGGCGCUGUCGCGUCGCAUUCAUUUCGGCAAGUUUGUUGCGGAGUCGAAGUUCCAGAAGGAUCCUGAGUUGUUCGUGCGCUUGAUUCGCGCGGAGGACCGUGCCGGCAUUGAUGCGGCGAUCACCAAUGCUCAAGUCGAGCUCAAGGUGCUGGAGCGCCUGCGCCUCAAGGCGAAGACCUAUGGGACAGAUCCGGCCUUCCCCGAUGAAAAGGGGCAGAAAAUCAACAUCGAUGCUGUGGUGGCUAUGUACAAGGAAUGCGUCAUUCCUCUAACCAAGAUUGUCGAGGUGGAAUAUCUUAUGCAGCGCCUCAAGGGAACCCAAUGGGAAUGA